UUUUCUCCAGGUAUUUUCUGCUAAGAAAAGAUGACUAUUAAAAAAGUUCCCAACAAUGAUGACAAUUAGAAAAUAAGCAAAUACUUACUCUGUUAUAAUAAAUGUUUUUCUUUUGUGAGAAUUAUUUAUCCUAAGAUGCCUUGUUUAAAAUAAAUGCCACCAAGUUAGUUGUUUUUUACUUUUAAUUAAAAUGCAUUCACAAGCUUUAGUGUAGCUAAAGCAUCCAAACACUUUUUGGGGCCACUGUAUGCACACACAGGAAUUUUCUAACUACAGCCGAUUGAGAGAGUGAUGGACGACAAGGAAGAGGAGGAGGAGAAAGGGCUUAGUGUUUCAAGUCCUGCCCUCUGUUCUGUUUCUCCUCCUGCUCUCUGCUUGGAAAGAGGGGGAGGGAGACAAGACUCAAUAGUUACCACAGGAAACGGAAGAGACCGACAAACAGAAGUCAUUUCAAAACCCCGGGGCCGAGUAGAAGAAUCACUCUGUGUGCAUUUGCAGGGUUCUCCUCCUCCAAAACCCUUAUCAGCCGCUCCUUACCUCUCCUGCUGGCUCCUUCUUCUCCUCGUUUCUCUGUUUGUGGCAAACAGUGCCCACCCUGACCUCCAGGAGAAAGUCUUUUUCAACAAAAAGAGGAGAUGCCCCCUCAGCCACAGGUGAAGAGAAGUUUCCUGGAAUUCCUCAAGAGCUUUAUCGGGAUUGUACGGGUCCUCCAGAUCCUCCUGGGAGCCGGGCUUUGGGUCACCAUCGCUGCCAACAAGUAUGAGGGCUCCAUUCACUAUGUGCUGUUUGUGGCCGUGCUUUUCUGGCUCCUCACGUUAGCCAUCUUCAUCCUCACGCUUCUGGACAAGCAGGACCUCGUUCCCGUCCUCGGAGGAGAACGCUGGUUGUUAAGCAAUGUCAUCCACGAUGUUGCCGCCACUCUGCUGUAUCUGUCCACCAUUGGGAUCAUGAUCUACAAAACCCAAAAGAACUCCUACUGCAACCUGGAUGUCUACAAACAUCACUGCUUGUACAAGGUCUACCUCACUGCCUCUGUCUUCGCCUGCCUCACUGCCGGUGUCUAUCUGCUUUCCACCGUCUACGGCAGCUACAGGAAAUGUCGAGGUGAGCGGACGGUCGUGUGAAAACCGACUGCAUCCCUCACACCCUGCCACUGCGAGACAUUUUGAAAAGCUUUUUGGAGACUUAAAAAUCUCCUUUUUUAUCAAAGCAGAGGGUUGAUCCUCUUGCCUGAGGCUUUCAGGUUUGUUUGUUGCUUUUUAUACAAUAAUUUAUAGAGCUUUUGUACUGCAGUCACACAUAAAGUCUAUUUUACACUUGUGUUUAUGUUGCCGGAGCUCUAUAUAUAAGUAGUUGUAUUUUUUUGCAUUGUAUAACUGACAACUCAAAGAGCAGUUUGUCGCUUGACGAAACCAUAUUCUUCAUGUUUUGUUCUUUUAACUUUUUGAUAUGACAUUGAGCGAUUAAACACUAAGGCUCUGCUUCAUCUCCGUGUCUUUCAUCAAAUGUGUACAUGUAUUUGACUGUUUGACAAUCCUAGAAUGAAUCGCACCAGGUCAAAGAUCUCCACUUGAUCCACUUUUAAAGAGAGGAAAUAUUUAAUGCAGACAAUCAUGUUCUAGAAUGAAAUGUAAUAUGUGGCUGUUAACAGUUAAUAAAUAAGAAAGAAAUUAAGUAAA